AUGAUCCCGCAGCGGUAUCUCCUCUCCCUCCUACUCUCCCCGGGCAUGCACGGUCUGGUCGUCCGGGCGCGUCCUGAUGACGGAAGCGAUGUCGCGGGGACCAAUCUCAAUAUCCUCGAGGAGUCCUUGUCGGAAGAGGCUGGCACAACCAUUGAAGGCAGGGAAAGGAUUGCUCAAAUCAAAGGGUUAAUGCAGCAAGUUGCGAGCCGAACCCUACCUAACGCGAAUAUAUAUUGGGACGAGAAUCGCGUAGGAUACGAAGGAUGCUUCUACGCGCGGUAUCCCAUGCGCCAGGCUGAUGUUGACCAAGUCGGUGUUCGAAUCAAAGCCAAGGACAUUGAGGACUUGGACAGCGGAGAUGAGUAUACAGUUGAGCAAAUCAUCACCACAGUCAAGAGUGCAAUCAAGACUCAAAAGUUUGAUACCUCUAUGUCCGACCAAGAGAAGGAAUCGUGGGAAGCGGGCGGUUCAUUCAAACUUGGCCCCCUCAAGGGACUCAGUCUCGGGGGCAAUCUCAAAUACAGCAGCGCCGAUACCACCGUCAGAGGUACGACCACCUCCUUCACCAAUAAGGGAACCGAUGAAGACAAAAUUGCACAGACGUCGCGCGAUGUAUUCAAAUGCGAAACAGGCCAUUAUUGCCGACUGCAAUUGUGGACAUAUGAAACGACAUUCAAAGGAUCUGCACCUCUGGUCCCAAUGAUGAGAACUACAUGCGUUCUUGAGAACCACGCAUACACCAUGGACAGGGAUCGCAACUCUACAGGGAAAAUAUAUGGAGGAGUGAUGGAGCAGAUUCGGAGACGAGGCGCCUGGUGGUACACGGGGAAGGCAGGCAGAUAUCAAGACUGGAUUCUUCGCCUCCCGGAGAAGAUUAAAGUGUACAAGCCGCGGUCAUCCCUCGGCGAUGCUGUCUAUUUCUUGUACUGGGGCUUCCCCUCAACCUGUUACGCAUCCCAUAUCGUGGGCUGCGGGGUUGCUGGUGAAGAUGUUGGCAUGGCCAGUCUUCAUGGCAACAUGCCUUGGUGGGACCAAGAGCACUCCAAGUACUACAGAGUUACACAGGAGGAUGGCUCGCCAGCAACGCUGCCCAAUGUACCGAUUCCGGUGGAUGACACCAUGCCAAAUUGGCCGCGGCAGAUCAGUCGGUAUGAUUUCGGCCCCGAGGUCGAGCGUGACUACCUGCUACCCGUCGGUCCCCAGCAUGAUGGCGGCAACAUGCCGAGCUGGCAGUGGGCGAGCCGCGAUGCUGGAAAUCUCGACGGUGUCUACAAUGUCGAAUUCUUGCAAAAGAAGCCAUGGAGCAUGAGCUUUCCCACGCGCAAUCCGGAUGGGAAAAUCAUGUCAACUGUCGUAAUUGUCAAGACGCCUUAUGAUGAUGCAAAUGAGAAGAGGGCAGAACGCAACACGACGUCAACAAUUCAGGUUCUCCAAGAGAAUAUCGACCUUGAUUUUGCAGACUAUCUCUAG